AUGAAUCUAGAGCGCAAUCUCUCCUGUGAGCCGGAACAGCUAGUUAAUCAGUUGUCCAUCCUACGAAUUGACGAGGGCCUUCUGGGUGGCGGGGAUGGUUCUUCAAGGAAACCCCUUUUUGUGGAUACCGAAAACAAUAUUACCUUUAGGCAGUAUAAGUCGGAGAAUGACCUCGAAAGCAUAGUUCCCCUCAUAUCAAAGGACCUUUCCGAACCCUACUCCCUAUACACCUAUCGCUACUUCAUCUACAACUGGCCUAGGCUGUGCCUGCUGGCUGUCAACGAAAGUGGCACAUGUGUAGGCGCGAUUGUUUGCAAACUUGACUAUCACGAACAGGUGAAGCGCGGAUACAUUGCCAUGCUGGCGGUGGAAAAGGAAUACCGCAAAAAGGGCAUUGGCUCUACGCUUGUCCAGUUGGCUAUAAACCUCAUGAUUGAGGAUGGCGGUCAAGAGUUUGCUGUCUGUUUCCUUAAUUUAAUGUUAAACCAGUGUGCAUCUCAUCUACAGGUCGUGCUUGAAGCAGAGGCUACAAACGCACCCGCCCUUGCCCUGUAUGAACAGCUUGGUUUCUCGCGCGACAAGUACCUCUUUCGUUACUACCUCACCGGUGUCGACGCCUUCCGACUCAAACUGUGGCUCGAUGUUCCGCACUGUGAAUAA